AUGCAACUCUACAAGACUGCCUUAGGAUAUCGUCAAAAUCUUUUCUUCAUCUCUAGAAGAUGCUUUGCUUCAGCCAAAGAGUACGAUCUAGUCGUUAUUGGAGGAGGUCCAGGAGGAUACGUUGCCGCUAUCAAGGGAGCUUAAAAGGGUCUCAAGACUGUUUGCAUUGAGAAAAGAGGAUCUCUCGGAGGAACCUGCCUAAAUGUCGGAUGUAUUCCAUCAAAAGCACUCUUGAAUGCAACUCACAAGUAUCACGAAGCUUAACAUGAUUUCAAGGAGUUGGGAAUCGUUGUUAAGGAUGUGUCAAUCGAUUUCGGUCAAUUGAUGAAGCAAAAAGAAAAGGCAGUCAAGGGAUUAACAGGGGGAAUUGAAUUCUUAUUCAAGAAAAAUAAGGUCGAUUACCUAAAGGGCUUCGGUAAAUUCGCUUCACCCAACGAGAUUGAAGUUGAUCUUGCUGACGGAGGAAAGGAGACUAUCAAGGCAAAGAAUGUGAUUAUUGCUACAGGCAGUGAGCCAUCUCCACUUCCAGGCAAUGUUAUCCCAGUCGAUGAGAAAUACGUAGUUUCAUCAACUGGAGCAUUAUCUCUUGAGAAAAUUCCAAAGAGACUUAUCGUUAUUGGAGGUGGUGUUAUUGGUUUAGAAAUGGGAAGUGUGUAUGCAAGACUCGGAUCUCAAGUCACUGUUGUUGAAUAUAUGGAUAGAAUCUGCCCAACUAUGGAUCUUGAAUUGACCAGUACUUUCAGAAAAACUCUUGAAAAGCAAGGUUUGAAAUUCAUGCUAAAAACUAAGGUUGUUGGUGGAUCAGGCAGUGCUAGUGGAUGCAAGGUUGAAGUAGAGCCAGCAGAAGGUGGUGCUAAGUAGGUGCUUGAAAGUGAUAUCAUUCUUGUUGCUACUGGUAGAAGACCUUACACUGGUGGACUUCAAUUGGAGAAAGCUGGUCUCUCAACCGAUAAGUAAGGCAGAAUCGAUACUAAUGAUCACUGGCAAACAAAGGUCGGACACAUCUAUGCUAUUGGAGAUGUUAUCAAGGGAGCCAUGCUUGCUCACAAGGCUGAGGAAGAAGGUAUCGCAGCAGUUGAAUAAAUUCUCGGAGAGGCAGGUCAUGUUAACUAUCACACUAUUCCAGGAGUUAUCUACACUUAUCCAGAAGUUGCUUCAGUCGGCUACACUGAGGAGGAACUUAAGUCACAGGGAAUAAAAUACAACAAGGGCAUGUUCCCAUUCAUGGCAAACAGCAGAGCAAGAACUAACAAUGACUCAGAGGGUCUAGUUAAAGUUCUGGCUGAUAAAGACACUGAUAAAAUUCUAGGAGUCCAUAUUAUUGGUCCAAAUGCUGGAGAGAUGAUCGCUGAAGGAGUUCUUGGUAUGGAGUAUGGCGCUGCAGCUGAAGAUAUUGCUAGAACCUGCCACGCUCACCCAACUCUCAGUGAGGCAUUCAAAGAGGCAUGCAUGGCUGCAUACGAUAAGCCAAUCCAUGUCUGA